UAGUCAAGUACGCCCCUUUUAGGUAAGCUACUUGAGGAACGUUUCCUGUCAAUGUAUCAUUUGCUUCUGAUCCAACUGGUUGACGUGAAGGGAACAGUCCGAUUUAGAUCUGCCGUAACAUGCCAUUUGAAGAGCUCAUAAAGGAAGUUAAUGAUAACAUUGCACAAGAGAAAAAGAAACGAGCCAGACUGAAAGACCUGGAUCUCAUUGUGCUGGACAAUUCACUUCGUGAGAGCACUGUGGGUCAGCUCCGUGGGCACACACUAGAAAACAAACGCAAGAUUUACGAUAAGGUCAGAAAGUGUGGAUUCCAGUACAAAAUUGUGGCGGCCUAUUUCCAUAUGCCACGUGUUGACGACUUAUGGGUCGAACAGAUCGUCAGUGAUUGUAAGGAAGGCAAAGAAGACCUCAGCAACCUAUUUGCAUUCAGUGAGGUCAUGAUCCACCCGGUCUCUCAAGGUGUUCCUGACACCAAAACUAUUCCAGUGGGUCUAUCGAAGAUGAAAACCCAAGGAUUGAUCAAUCCUAUCAUUGAGAUAGAUCUGGCCACAGAGAGCAUCGAUUGGGAAAAGUUUACCACGAAGGACAUGUGCCAGCUGCUGACCGAAAGAUUCAAAUGGAGCCGAGAAUGUCUGUCCCCAGAUGCCAAGAUCCUUGUAAAUCUGCGGGACUUUCCGGACGCCAUGGUCUAUGAAAUGGAGCGGUUGUUUACUGUUGUGGACUACCUUGCGUCCAGGCCUGUAGCUGAACGUCCUUUUGGAAUCAUGUUUGAGGAGUCAACAGGCAAGUUUUUGCCCGAGGAGGUUGGAACUUGGACCGCUGGUGUACGUAAGAUCAUGGAUUCCCAUGAGUGGACUUCUGGACACCUCUUGGCUCAUGUUCACAAGAAGUGGGCUCUUGGAGAAAUGGUGCAGCUUGAAUGCCUUGUCAACGGAGCCAACGGUAUCUGGGCAAGCCUCUGCGAGGAAGGAGCUGCUCUUGGCCACGCAUGUUCUACAAUCACACUGAUGAACCUCGUCCGAAUGGGAAACGGAAAGGUCCUGAAACGCUACAAUUGCAACAAGCUAAGGGAUGCUGCAUCUAAUGUGACUGAGAUCACCACUGGCCUUCCACCCCAUCCCAAGCAAGUCAUCUAUGGCGACAGGGCACUGGACUUAGCAUUUGACUUUGGAAGCAUAGCUGGUGGAACCGUUGGAGAAACCGACUUUGACCUUGCUGAGUUCUUUGGAGAAGACGCACCGGUGAGGAUCAGUACGCUUGCCUCCGAGGAUAUGAUACUGGAAAGGCUGAAAGAUUUGUUUGAUGAAGAUCCGCAGUUUACAAAGGAUAUGGCUACUGCAAUGAAGAAACAAAUGAUUACAGACCUGGAUUGCAACAAGAAGGAAGAAUACAUGAGUGCAGCUGGCAUCGCUAUGUUGUUUUAUCGUUCAGGAGGAAAACGCACGACCAAGAUGUCAGAAGUCAUCGAAAGAGCCGAAGUGAAGAGUGUGCACGCCCAACAUCUCAUUGAAGAGGUUCGUGGUAUAUGGAACGAGUGGGAUAUAGAAGAAGCUAAACUGAAUGACGACCAACUUAACUUCAACUCCUUCUACAACGGCUUCAUGUCUCCCUACUUUGGCUGCUUCAAGUGCACUGACACACGACAGGCCUUACAAGCUAUCAACAUGGAUAAUGACGGGUACAUCGACUGGAAUGAAUUCCUGGUUUACCUCAAGUGGGCGAUGCGUGAAUAUCCCAACAUUAAAGAUGUCGAUGAGCUUUUGAGCUUCGCCUUCAAUAAGGGAAUCAUGCCCGCCAUGCGAGAUGAAGUACUUGGCCGGAAAGCGAAGAGAAGUGGAGCAAAGAGGUUCAAGUCCAAAUAAAAAAUGAUUUAGUACUGAUCAGGCACCAUGUUCACAGACCAUGUCUCAAACCUUGUGGGAUUUUGUUGCCAAUGCUUAAACUUCUAAUAAUUACUAGUAGACUGUUCAGCGUAAUUCUCGCAGUAGGUGUUAUUUCUCCCUCACAAACUUGUUUGUUAGGACUCAAGUUUCGGGUUUAUCGCACAUCAUCACCAUGUGAUUGUGACUGGCACUUCUGUAUCUAGUAGGUCAUAAUAAAAAUACUUCAAAGACG